UCCACCACCCAGCCAAAGCCCACCGCCUCCUGCUCUCCGCCAUGCCCCACACAUCCUCUAAGCCCUUCCCUUUCCCUCGCAGCAUCGAGGGAGCAAGAAAGCCCAGCUUCUCGCCAGCCGACGCCGACUGCCGCUGCGCUGGCCACGUCGUCCCCUGCUUCGCCUCGCGGUACCACGAUCACGCCGCACCCGUGGGCCCCCACCAGUGCUGCUCCGCCCUCGUCCAGCGCGUCGCCGCCCCAGUGGCCGCCGUCUGGUCCGUCGUCCGCCGCUUCGACCAGCCGCAGGCCUACAAGCACUUCGUGAAGAGCUGCGACGUGAUCGACGGCGACGGCGCCGUCGGCACGCUUCGGGAGCUGCGCCUCGUGUCGGGGCUACCCGCCGCCACCAGCCGCGAGCGGCUGGAAAUCCUCGACGACGAGCGGCACGUGCUCAGCUUCCGGGUCGUCGGCGGCGAGCACCGCCUCGCCAACUACCGGUCGGUGACCACGCUUCACCCGGAAGGUGAGGCGGCCACGGUGGUGGUGGAAUCGUACGUGGUGGACGUGCCGCCGGGGAACACCACGGACGACACGCGCGUCUUCGUCGACACCAUCGUCCGCUGCAACCUCCAGUCUCUGGCCCGCACCGCCGAGAACAGCCUCAAACAAUGCGAGAAGAAUUGAUUCAAAAGGGCAUCCUCCUCAUCAAUUCCAAUCAAAGCUAAAUCCUCCCCGUCAACACAUUUUUGUUGUUUGCAUGUGUUAAUUCUCCUCUUUCUCCUCCUUUCAAAUAGUUUUAUAUUUAAAACCUUUGUGAAUUACGACAAGCUUAAUUAGUUUG